AUGCCGAGAUGCAGGGUGGAACUCAGUCAGGGCUCUGUGCGGCCCCGGAGGGAGCUGGCUGCCUGGGACUGUGGUGCAACGGCAGCCUGGCCUGGCGAGGACGACCUGUGGGCCUCUGGGCGCCUGCCCACCAGGGUCCCCGCUCCGGACCGCGAACCCAAGGAUGUGCUGGACCUGAACCGACUGCCCAACGAGCUGCUCCAGGAUGUGCUGAGCUACCUGCCCCCAAGCACGCUGCUCGGGCAAUCCCGCCAGGUGUGCCGGCGCUGGGUGGUGGACGGCUGGGACCUGUGGCGGAGCAUCCUGCCCUGGAAACACCCCGACCUGUGGCCCGUCAUCCGACCCUGCCUGCCCCCUACUGACGACCCCGGGGCCCUGUAUCCUGGGCCGCUUCUGCGAGCGCAGACCCAUAGGACGCAACCUCCUCUGGGACUCUCAGAGCUCUCGUGGCCUAGGUGGACCACGAACCUGGGCACAAGUCUUUUUUACUUAACAUGUGGCUUCCAAAAACAUAGCUUAGUGAUGCACUGCAUGAUGGAGGGAACCUAUAGAGGCAUUCCUGAAGUCUUUUCUCCGUUCUGCCACAGUCCUGGUAACAAGUGGUUUCUAAAGAAGAAAGUAUUGGACCUAGAGGAAGAGGGCCUAUGGCCAGAACUCCUGGAUAGUGGAAAGAUUGAGAUUUCUGUCUCUGCCUGGUGACCGUGACUAUAAAAACAACCUUUAGCUAAGUGCUGACCUUGACAUGGGUGAUGUCAUUUAGGCCUCCUAACAAUCCCUUGGGCUUCCCAGGUGGCUCAGUGGUAAAGAAUCUGCCUGCAAUGCAGGAGACCUAGGUUCGAUCCCUGAGUCAGGAAGAUG